AUGAUGAAGAUCUCCGCACUUGCCGUCGUUGCCGCAAUCGCUAUCGCCAACGUCUCUGGUGCCGACCAACCUGCUUUGCGCUCAGCGACUAUGCCAGUGGAAACAGCACCUGGUACGAUGACGACUCCUGAUGGAGACAAGAAGGAGCAUUUCUGGGGCGGUGGACCUUGGGGUGGACUUGGCUGGGGUGGAGGAUGGGGCAGAGGCUGGGGCUGUUGUGGCGGUCUUGGUUGGGGUGGGGGGCUGGGGCUGGGGCUGGUAAGAAGACGAAAGACGAAAACGAGGAGGGCAGGAAAUGAUAUCAUGCGCUUGACACGUCAAACCGACACGCACAGUACCCAUAGAUUGACAGCUUCGUUUCCACUUGUGGUUGCGAGUCUGGUUUAG